AUGGCUCCAGAGGUACUUGAAGACAAAGAAUUCUCAAAACAGUCCGACAUCUAUUCUUUAGGAAUGGUUAUUUGGGAAAUUGCUGCUAAGUGUACUACUCCUUUUGCAAAGAUUAACGGUUGGGAUUUA